UCUCGGCGGCGGCGCAGUUCCCGUUCCUGUUGCUGUUCCCGUUCCCCUCGGGCCGGGCCGGGUGAAGGGCCGGGCGGCGGCUGUGUGUCGUCCUCGCUGCCCCCUCCUCCCCCUGCCUCGCAGUCGUCGGUGCCGGUGGCGAGGAGGGCGGGAGCGCGGGGCGCGGCGGGGGCGGGGAGGGAGCGCGGCGCCAGCGCGGCGCCGCAUGCGUCGCUGAUGGAGCCGGGCUCGGGGCUGCAGCAGCGCAGGGUGGGGGGCGGCGGGCUGGACCUCGGGGCGGGCUCGGCGGGGGGGUCGCCGGCGCUCUCGGGGGGGCAGUCCCGCCGCAGGAAGCAGCCGCCGCGCCCGGCCGACUUCAAGCUGCAGGUGAUCAUCAUCGGGUCGCGGGGGGUGGGCAAGACCAGCCUCAUGGAGCGCUUCACCGACGACACCUUCUGCGAGGCCUGCAAGUCCACCGUGGGUGUUGAUUUUAAAAUCAAAACAGUAGAGCUAAGAGGAAAGAAAAUUAGAUUACAAAUCUGGGACACAGCAGGUCAGGAGAGAUUCAACAGCAUUACCUCAGCUUAUUACAGAAGUGCCAAGGGAAUUAUUUUGGUGUAUGAUAUCACCAAGAAGGAAACAUUUGAUGAUUUACCAAAAUGGAUGAAAAUGAUUGAUAAGUAUGCUUCAGAAGAUGCAGAGCUUCUAUUAGUUGGAAAUAAACUGGACUGUGAAGUUGAUCGAGAGAUUACUCGACAGCAGGGAGAAAAGUUUGCACAGCAAAUAACUGGGAUGCGGUUCUGUGAAGCAAGUGCCAAGGAUAAUUUUAAUGUGGAUGAAAUAUUUCUAAAACUUGUUGAUGACAUUCUGAAAAAGAUGCCACUGGAUGUUAUAAGAAAUGAGUUGUCCAACAGUAUCCUGUCCCUGCAACCAGAGCCAGAAAUCCCACCAGAACUGCCUCCUCCAAGGCCACAUGUCCGUUGCUGUUGACUUGUUACUCCAUACAGAGUGAAAAAUAGGAGCGGGAGGGUAAAGAAAGUAUCUGUACUACUCUGCACUACAAUCAUUUGGCAGUUUCUUGUUGCACUUUGUUAUUCGAGUCAGAGCUACACACUAACUUGUAAAUAUGCAAAUAUGCAAUCCUGUGUAGGAUUCAGCUAUAACAUUUAAUUAUUACCCCCCUCCCUCACAAUGAUGUUUCAUUCAUUGCCCCAGUGUUAUAAAUACUGUACAGUCGGUGGGGGUUUACCACACUUCCAGUCGAGGAGGAGGAGAAAUUAAAUCUAUACCUAUUCUUGACAUAAAUGUUGUAAUAGUUCUUUGUUAUUAUAAACAGGCAGGCAGAAGCUCUUCUGGUAUGAAGACAAGUAUAUGGUGCUUUGCUAACUAUUUUAAAGACAAUUUUUUUAAAAACAGAGGACUUUAUGUAUAAAGCUUCCAUAAUCAACAUUAUGUUUCCUUUUAAUGUAGUGAAAACAUUUUUGGCUGUAGCAUCCUCUGCUGACUGGAUUUAUUGAAAAGCUAAGUUUAAUUUUUGGCAGUCUUUUAUUUAUUUUGUUUAAUGCUGCACCCUUUCUUUGUGUACCAAGGCAUCACAUCUGGUGCAGAUCUAAGAUUGCACUCUGAAAUAGCAUAUAUAAUUUUCUGCGUAAGCAUAAACUUGGUUGCAAGAAUCAUUAAGUUUCAAUAAAAGAAUGAAGAUAUAUUCAAGUUCUAAAAGAAGGUAUAAAAAGCAAUGCUGCUGUCCUAGACAAAUUCUUGUAAAAAAAAAAAAAAGAAAAUUAAGAUGAUACAUUUUCCUGUGUUAAGGAAUAUAUAUGUGUAUUUGUCUGGACAUCUGUAGGGUUGGGGGGAAGGGAACCUAAGAUAAAAUUAUUUUCUUUCCUAAUGGUGGAAAUUAUUCCCAUCAAGCAAAUACUGUGUUAGGUUUUUGUCUGAUAAUGAAUUUGUGAAUUAUAUCUUUGGUAUAUCUUUUAUUAAAAUGCACUGUUUAGUUUAGCUGUGGUAAAUCAGUAGUUACAUAUUUGAAUAACUUGGUGUGUCCUGAAUGUUGUGGUAUUGAAAAACAUUGUGGUCUUUCUAAACUAAUGAAGUGCAAAUAAAAUUUUGUAUUUAUGAA